AUGGCAAUGUCGCCCGUAGUCACAUAUGAUAGUACAUCCAACAUCAAGGUCACUGCCGCCAAAGCCAAAUCUUUAGCUGUUCGCACCAACUCCAUCUCGAAGCCUCAGAAUGGUUCUACUUCUGAGCCAGGAAGAGGGCAGGAAUUAGCAGAAAGACUGAAUGAUGAAACCAAACAAAAAUACGUCAAGGACAAGAAGCUUGGAGAAGGCACUUACGCCAUAGUUUAUUUGGGACACCUGAAAGCAGACCCUUCGUCCCUAUUGGCAAUCAAGAAGAUCAAGGUCAACACCGAGUAUCGCGAUGGCUUAUCUAUGGACGCUAUCAGAGAAGUCAAGUAUCUUCAAGAGCUUUCACAUCCAAACAUCAUUGCACUGCAUGCUGUCUUCUCCUCCAAAAAUCAAAACCUCAACCUGGUACUUGAGUAUCUACCCUUGGGAGAUCUUGAAAUGCUCAUUAAAGACAGUGAGGGUAUCCGCUACGGUACGGCUGAGGUCAAAGCUUGGAUGGGCAUGCUAGGUCGUGCUGUGUGGUUUUGCCAUGAGAAUUUCGUGCUACAUCGCGAUAUAAAGCCCAACAAUCUUCUUAUAGCAGCAGACGGAGAAGUCAAGCUUGCUGAUUUCGGACUGGCAAGGUCAUUCUCUGACCCUUACCGGCCUAUGACUUACCAGGUCAUCACACGAUGGUACCGACCUCCAGAGCUACUCUUUGGGGCAAGGUUCUACUCUGGUGCAGUCGAUGUGUGGUCGAUGGGAACAGUCUUCGCUGAACUCAUAUUACGCUUCCCUUUCGUUGCAGGGAACACCGACAUGCACCAGCUUGAAUUAAUAUGCAACGCAAUUGGCACUCCGACAGAGGAGAAUUGGCCGGGUGUGUCCAAGCUCGAAGGCUAUCUGAAAUACGAUAAAGCUGCAACAAUACCAGUGCGCGGGAAGGACUUCUAUUUGUCUAAAUUUGGCACGGCAGGGCCUGUGGGAGUUGAUUUGUUGAUGUCUAUGCUUGCCUUGGAUCCUCGGAAACGGUGCACGUCCCGUGAGAUGCUUGAGCAUAAGUGGUGGUCGAGCGAACCACGACCCACUGCGAAAGAGGAUCUGCCGAAGAAGGGUGGGGGACCGGAAAGGAUGGGCGAGGAUCUGAAGAGGAGAGGAGGUGAGAUUGAAGACGGUCGCGGUGAUAGAGUGGCGAGGAAGCUUAACUUUGGUGUGGCCAAGUCAUAG